CUGACCUUGUUAGGCCCGUUACUGAUUUGUACAAUAUUUUCAAAGGAUUCACCACCAAUGAUGAUUCAUUAGCAAUGUUGAUUGCAACCGGUGCGUCUGUUGCUUCUGCUGCUUCAUUAUAUUCACAAAACAAUGAUACUACUUUCAAGCUGGUUGAUUCGGCAAUUUCUUCGAUCUUGACCUUGCUAUUGGCUACUAAAGGAAGUAACAACGAAAGUAGAGCUUCCUCGUUGGGGUUCCCAAGUGCAGUUGAUAGAGGGAUUGUCGGAUCUUUACUGGAGUUGAACCUUCAAGAAAAGAGAGAACCAAGUAGUUUGCUAAUGGGUGAUUUAAAGCGGACAAGACCCAAUGAAGAUCUAGGUAUAAAUUACAAGAGUUCUGUUCCUGGCCCAGCACCAUUCUGGGGAUCAACCAAUUCACUCAAGAUGCCUCAUUAUAAAAAGAAAUCAGAUACCAGUCCCAGCCCCGCCAGUGAUCAACAGCGAGUUUUGAAACUACCUCGAGAUUCACCAUUCAUUUCAAACAAGGUUCAUUUAGGCGUUCGCAACGACAAUUCAUCUAGUUCUUCACCUGGGUUACGAAAGCCUGGUAGUUUUCAAAAACCUGCAAUUGUUAAAUCAGAAGGUGACAAAGCACGCGGUACAAGUUUAGGAUUCCCCCGGUUAUAUUCUGCAUCAUAUAGUUAGACAUUUCUAUAGAUCUAUAAAGGUUCAGUUUCUUUGAUUAGCCAAUUGUAGGCUCUUCUAUCGCCCAUUUGCAACAAUUUAUUGGCAAAUUCUGCUCUAAUGCUCUUGUGAUACUCGUUAAUCCAAGUAAGUUCAAUUAAAGUCAAGUAAUCACAAUCAAUAAGCUUUCUACAGAAGGGAAUUUUAGUCAAAUACUCAAAUCCCAAAAAAUUAUCCCCAUUGCGUGUCUUUCCCACGGAAUCAUCACAUUCAAUCACCUCAAGCUCACUCUCGAUUCUAAUUCCUAAUUUCCCAUCAACAUAAUAUCCUGGUUCGUCAGUGAGGAUGGCUCCCGGACGGUACAAAUCCGCUUUGGAACUUGGUCCACUGCUAGUAGUCAGAAUAUACAACGGCCCUUCAUGUACAUUGCCAAAACUGCCCACACCAUGGCCAGUCCCGUGAUUGAAAUCAAGUCCUUCGUUCCAUAAUGGUUGUCUUGAGUAUCCGUCGAGAACGGUACCAGUGCUGGACGAAUGAGGGGGGAACUUGGCCAUAGCAACGGCAAGAUGACCCUUCAAUACCAAGGUGUAGAAUUUUUGAUACUCCUUGGUCAACCCUUCAUGUCCAAAUUUGUAUGAUCGAGUAAUAUCGGUGGUUCCUUCGAGAAAUUGGGCACCUGAAUCAAUUAAGUAGAUCUUGGCAGGGUCAAUUAUGUCAUUUUCUUCUUUAGUUGGCGCAUAAUGGAUAAUUGCAGCAUUGGCACCAGUCGAGGAGAUUGUUUCAUAGGAUAAUCCUUUGAAAUUAGGUAAUUUUGUUCUGAUGGAGUAAAUCUUGCAUGCAGCAUCAUAUUCAGAAAUACUUGCUUUCUUAUUGAUAAGUUGGUGUUCUAACCAUGAAGAAAAGAUAAUGAAUGCCAAGGAAUCCUUGUAUUGAGCAAUCUUGGCAUUGAAAGAUUCAGUGGAGUUCUUGUAAAUCUUGAGAUUGGCAAUGAUGGAUUCAUGGAUUAUAAUUCUUUUGCUGUAUGAUUCAGGGAAUGCUUGGAACAAUGCAUAAGUGGUUGACGACUUUUCUGGUAAGAUUACGGCAAGAUCUGGUUCAUCAACUGUAGAUUUCAAUUUUCCAAUAUCUUCAUAAAAUUGGGAGUAAUCUCUAAUUGAUAAGUUGUUGAUAGUUUGCAAGUACUUAUGGAGUUCUUCAUUACCAUUGUCAAUCUUUACCUUGUUAAUAUACAACACCACCGAAUCCAAAGUGAUAAUGGCAUAUGCAAAAAACACCGGGUUGAAUGGAAUAUCAGAAUCAGCACGUAAAUUAAGUAGCCAGGCAAUACUAUCCAAUUCAUUAACGACAUAGUGAGUGGCAUCAUGUUCUCUCAUUCUGACUCUAAUUCUGUGCAACUUGUCAUUUGUGUGCUCACCACUAAACUUCAAAUCCAACUGGUAGACUGGUUCUAAAGAUCUUGAGGGUUUCUCGUCACCCCAUACUUGAUCAACAAGAUUGAUAUCAAUUAGUGGUUGAAAUUUGAAUUU